CCCCUCGGCAGUUCCUUGGCAGUAGUAGCAGCAUGGACGGUGGAGGAGGAGAUGGACACGAAUGGCCUGAGAUCAAGAAGGCAGCUUCGGAAAAAAGGCGUGAGCUGGUACUACAGGGCCCAACCGUGGACAGGAGGGUGUCCACAGCCGGUGGACUGUCCUCUGCGGUCUACUCCCUCACUCUGCUCAACUACUUGGAGGUGUCCCAGUGUCCCAGUCUCACGCAGCUCCAUGAGGACAUCCGACUCCUGACCAACCUCCAGAGUCUGGUGCUGUGCAGGAACAAGCUGGUCUCUGUCCCCCGAGUGGACACUCUGCAGGCGCUGAAAGUCCUGGACCUGUCUGUGAAUGAGCUUGGGUCCUUACCGGAGGGUGUGUGCGGACUGAAGGAGCUGACCACCCUGAACCUGAGCUGUAAUCGUCUGGAGACUCUACCCGAAGGACUGAGCCAGUGUCCCAAACUCUCCACUCUCAAUGUGUCCAAAAACCAGCUGAUCAGCCUGCCCCCCGACAUGUUCUCCGAGAGGCUGGAGCUGCUUAGUACUGUGCUGGCAUCAGAUAACCUCCUGCAAGAGCUGAACACGGAGGUCCGCCUGCUGCCCGCGCUCAAGAUUUUGGACUUGUCCAACAACAAGCUGAGUGAGAUCCCUCUAACUCUGAGUGACUGCCCGAAACUCAAGGAGAUCAACUUUAAAGGUAACAGUUUGCGGGACCGGCGCCUGGAGAAGAUGGUGAACGGGUGUCAGACCAAGUCUGUGCUGGAGUACCUCAGAGGGAAGUCCCGUGUGGGAUCAGAGGGGGGCAGCGACGGGCCCCGCAACACAGACAAGACCAAGACAGGCUCCCAGCGUAAGAAGAAGGGCCGAGCUCCAGAGCCCCAGGAAGCGGACGACGUGGAGGAUGUGGCCCAUAUGCUCGUGCGCGUGGUUCAUGUGUCCUCUGCCCCUCCCACCCUCAUGGUGACCGUCAGCCCCGAGGUCAGGGAUGUGCGGCCUUACCUGGUCUGCUGCUUGGUUCGCGGGCUCAACCUUAGGCCUGGCAACGCCCUCAAGAGGUUUCUCGUGGCCCAGACUAAGCUCCAUGAAGACGUCUGUGGGAAGAGGACCACCGCUACCAUCGCCACUCAUGAUGUGCACCUGCUCAAGGGCCCACUGACCUACGGAGUCAAACCCCCAACCCAGCUAAAGAUCACAGCACUGGGGAGGAAGGAGAUGAGCGCUGUAGAGCUCAUCAGGAACCUGCAUUUAGAGGCAGAGGAGCUGAGGAAGCAGAAGAAGAGGCAGAACGUCACAGGCCUCCACAAGUACCUGCAGCUCCUGGACGGGCAGCCUCUAUACCCCUGUCUGAUGGAUGCAGAGGGGAGGGUGGUGUCCUUCCCUCCCAUCACCAACAGUGAGCACACCAAGAUCAGUAAGACGACCUCGGAGCUUUUUGUGGAGGUGACCAGUGCCACCAGUCUGCAAACCUGUAAAGAUAUCAUGGACACUCUCAUUCUGAAAAUGUGUGAGCUCAACCGGUUUACAUCCGAGCAUGCAGAAGAGGCGGGGACAGACGGUGAAAUCCCUGCCCCCUCCAACAAUUCCACCAGCGAGCUGACAGUGCAGCAGGUGCGGACAGUGGACCCAGACGGCAGCCUGAAGGUGGUCUACCCCUCCAAGACAGAUCUGACCAACUGUCCCGGACUCACUGUCCUCUGGUAGUGUACAAAUGAGCAAAGACAACGACAGCUGAAGCUCUCAUAUUUAGUUUAUUUCAGAAAAUCAUACAAGAAGAUUACAGUUUUUCUAACCAUUAUUAUGUAAACAUGCAAUAACCCCGUGUUAGCAUCUUGUACAUGCACUUAUCAUUAAAGGUUUUGUACUAAAAUAUAUUCCCCUAUAUUGUUUAAAUAAAAGUAAACUGCCACCUUAAUGGAUUCCACUUAAUACAGUGUUUGGCCAAAAGUCACAUGGUUAACAGCCGACCACCUGACUGGGCUCGACCAUGGCAUUUUAACAUCACAAAUUGCUAUACCUUAAAGUGCAUAUGACAGGUUAAAGUACUUUUUCACUAAACAUAAUGUUAACAAGGGCCAAAACUUGUUUAAAUUGCACAAUAGUUAUGAUUAGACUUAAAAGAAUAUAUGACAAAAUCAUUAUUUUGUGAAAUGAAGGUUUAAACUGUGAUAAAAAUUUCUUCCUUGUGUGUAAAUUUUCCAUAUUGGUGACAUAGAGGGAUUUGGUUUUAGAACUUGUCACUAUUUCCUGUAUUUUUGUACUUUUCUUUUCAACUUUUUUCCACAAACCGCCACUUAACGGAUGUAAAGCUAUGAUAAAUAUUUUAGGGAUGGACCAAUCCAGCUUUUUCAGUUCUGAUACCGAUUUUGAUCCUUCCAUUAGCUUUCAAGUAUCUGCUGAUACAUGACAUCAGCCAAUACCAUUGCAGAGACCAAAAAUAGAACUUAUUUUGCUUUAAAUAAAAAUAAGAUCUAAAUGUGCUAUAUAGCUGUUCUUUAUCUCUCAUGUAAUUACAGAACAACUUUGUAGAAAUAAAAGUUCAAACAUUCUGGGGACUUUCUGGGCUUACGGUCUGAUUACUUUGAUUUCUAUGUCCAGCCAGGAUAUAUCAGUUGAAAGGUUUUUAAAAAGCCAAUACCUUAUCCAGCAGGAAAAACACUGAAAAACCUGUCAUAUGUACUUUAACAUUGAUCAGGAUGGCAGGUUACAAUUCUGUGGUAGAAUUUCUGUAUAUGAUAGAAUUUUCAAUAUUUUUAUCUGCACAAAUGAUCAAAUGCAAAAUAUUCAUCAGUGUGGUAUGUACUGGCAUUAAUCAAAGAUUCAACAUGUGUAGGUUUUUGAUCUUUUGGGCAAUUCAAAUAACCAUUGGUCCCUGCAUUGAACUACUGUGGGUGUGUCUUGUUUCUAAUAAAAUGUGUAUAAUUUUGGU